AUGACGCAUUCCCCCCAAUUCACUCUUCGGCAGCGGGACUUCACAAAAUCGUGCGGAGAUCAGUUGUAUCCCAGGCAAAUCGAGAAUGUUAAGGGAUACAUUUUGCGAGUCAUCCACGAUUUUUCAGAACCAAACACCAUUAUUUAUUACGAUGCUAAUGGGAAAAAGCAUAUUCGAGGAUUCCUUUGGAAUUUUAUAGCUAACUUUGCUUCGACAAUUGGUGCCAGGUUGAAGGCAAUAGAACCGACGUGGCCCCAUGGUCGCCAUCUGGGUGACUCGUAUAUGCUCCAGCUCACUAAGAAUAAUAGUGUGGACAUCGGUCUCUUCACUGCACAGGUCGACGAAAGAUAUUCAAAUAGAUACUACCAAUACUCCUUUCCUAUCCUGUAUGCCAGCUGGUGCGUUAUGAUGCCCUUGGAGCGUCCUAUCCAAAUCCCAGCAAUAUUCAAGCACAUUCUAUGCACUGGCACCUUGGCAUUCCUGACGAUAGCUCUCAUCUGCUAUUGGCUGUCAUCGCUAUUGGCUUUGCUCUUUGUCUGCCUCUGCCAGGCGCAGCUGAUGUUCUUGUUGAUCAUGCAUCCACGACAGUUGCCCAUCGACAGCUUUGACGCUUUGCUCGCCUCGGACUUGCGCAUUCUUGGCGUGAGUUCGGAAUUCUAUUUGCUGGAUGCCGCCUUUCGAGCUCGCUAUGCUGCGGCCUUUCGGUUGACCUCCAAUGUUAGUGAGUUCUUCGAUCUGCGAAACAGCUUCAACACUAGCUGGGCGUAUAGCAUCACUUCCAACAAGUGGACUAUGAUGGAGACACAACAAGAGAAUUUCCAACGCUCCGUCUUUCGCUACUCGGACCUCUGUCUCCAUGAAAGUCUACCCUACAGCAUUAUUCUCGACGAGGACUCUGUGUACUAUCAAGCGCUGAUGUUCUACUCUAUGCGGGUUCACGAAGCAGGACUCUUGGAAAAAUGGGUUCGCAAUAGUUUCUAUGACAUGGUGGACGCGGGUCGCAUGCACCUAACGGACUACAGCGUAACUAUUGAACCGCGACCUUUACGUCUGCCGGACUUUCAGAUUCCGUGUCGCUAUUUUGCCUUUGGCAUUAUUAUAGCUCUAGCUGCAUUUGUGAUUGAACUUCUUCGCUUCUAUAUCAAUGUAUUCUUAGAAAAUCUUUGA